AUGGUGGACAGCAACCUUGUCAUCCGUAAGCCCUGUGCAUUCUGGUGUUACCAGAUCGUCAGUGAGCUACUUAUGUAUGCCAUUCGCAGCAGAUCCUGUUCGUGCGACUACUACGUAUCAAGCUCCGAUACUUUGUUCAGGUGUGACGGACAGCUGGUAGCCCCCGAGCUGUCCAUCUCCGAGAAGAGCAGCUACGACACAAGCAGGCAGUCCGCUACAAGCUCCGGCAAGAUGGUUCUUGAGGGUGUCGAUAUUCUCGUGGUUCUCCAGUUUUACGAGGUCGAAGAGGAUGCGAAACGUGGGGUUACCCGGCAAGCGGAGCUCACGAAAGCUGCCACGUUCGGGCUCGUGGUGCCGGGCUCAAUUGUUCAGGUGGCAUACUUGGAUAGGCAGGGCACACUGAAGACGGACAGGUUUGAAGCUCCCAGGUUCGUAGAUAUAACAGCUUACUCUUGGCGGUUGAGUGGCAUGAGGUUCUAUCCUUCACACUUCCUGGGUCGUCUCUGGGCGGAUCCUCUACGAUUAGAUCCAGCGCUGCUGGUAGCUAAAACGGAUGAACUACGAACUCGGCUGGUAGAAAGCAUCAAUGAGGGGACACAAGCAGCGUAUGAGAUCGUGGUUCUGCUGGAUUAUCUUGACUUUGUCGACCCUGUUCACGGCAACACUCCACUGCUGGCUGCUUUGCAGUGCCAGGUUCCUGAUCUCACCUUGAUCAAGUUUCUUGUAGACAAUGGUGCCAAUGCUACGGUCCAAGCAAAAAGUGGAGUGUGGCCUUACCUCUACGCAGUGGUUCAUGGCAUGCAAACUGUUGUGGAUGCCUUGGAUGACAAUGGCAAGUCCCAGGCCCAUCUUAACAGUUUGGCACCCAAGGAGUUGUGCGAAACAGAAAAUCCAGAACUGCUCAAGAUGCUCUUGCAACUCGGCUUGUCGCCGAACAAGGCCAACCAAGGGAUUCUACCCCUCAACAAUGCGCUUUAUGGACGGAAUCGCGUGGAGAGGCUGCAGCUUCUACUGAAAGCUGGUGCAGAUCCAACACUGCAGGAUGGCAAAGGGCGCUCGGCUCUGAAGCUCGUCGUGAGCAUGGACGACCAGCUUCUGGAGGUAGUUCGCCUAGUGGCUCGUGCUUGCCAAGAGCGGAACAUGAUCGACGUCAAAGUGGAUCCCGUGAACACUGCCCUUGGCCGUGCAUGUGGAUUUGAGGAACCAGUGUAUUGUUGUGUACUGAUUGAGUGUGGAGCUUCUCCCUUUGGUUCCUAUGGCUAUCCUCCACAAGAUCUGCACACUGGCCUCAAAAUGCUUUUCAAUGUUGCUUACUCGCCUCUGCACUCCCAGCAUGCAGCUGAAUCCGAAUCUGUUCUUCGUCUUGAUCUUGUUGUUGUUCCACUUGCUGGCGAUCUUUGUGGGUGUCGUGGCCGCGGAUUCAAUCGGCGACAGGCAACACAUUCAAGACGACGCUCUUCACCGACGAUGAAAUGCGAUCCCAAAUGA